GUAAAGCUUUUACGUAGACGUCGCCGCCAUAUUGGAGGUGGCAGUUUUUAAAGAUGCCUUACUCAUGUUCAGCUUGGGGAUGUCGAAAUCGAUGCUCAGUCGAAACCAGAUCCCGAGGAGUUACCUUUCACUGGUAAGACUGAGCUUUUGCCUCUGGCUGUGUUUGACCAGUGCGUGUUAAAUUUGCUUAAACUGUGAGUAAUGCUGUGAAUCCCAAUGAAUCUGUAAACAAACAGACUUGCCUCUCUGUUGGUGUGAAUGGUUCACCUGACUUUCCCCACACUGUAAAGUUUUCCUAAAGAUAACCAGUUGAGGAAGCGGUGGGAAGUAGCCCUUAGAAGAAAGGAUUUCACUGCCACUAAGUUUUCCAGGCUCUGCAGUGAGCACUUCAGACAGGAGGACUUCGAUAGGACAGGUCAGACAGUCAGGCUCAGAAAUGGAGCUGUUCCAUCCAUCUUCAGUUUCCCAGAUCAUCCCCGAAGGGUAGGUGAUUUACCAGGCUUUGGUGGGUCAGAUAAGUCAGUGUCACACUAGGACAAAGGAUAAGAAAUCAGGAAUAUUGUCUUAUAGCACACUGAGACGCUUAAUCCAGUUCAAGUUCUUAGAGUGUUUCCCUUUUACUGUAGUCAAUGACAACCAGGACAUCUCAGACUUCAAAGAGGGCUCGAGAGAGCCUGCCAGAGGACUGUCCCCCACCUGUCCAAAAGACUGAACCUCAGACUCUACCCACUGUUGUGAGUACUAAGAUCUAGCUUUGCCCCAAACAGCUGUGAGCAUCAUGAGCAUCAUAUUUUUUUUCUUUGUUUCCUCUAGGACCACGCUUAUGCACUGCCUACAUCUAAAGACCUGAAAGCCAGGCUCAAUGAAGCCUUGGCCCAGGUAGAGAGUCUAGAAAGAGAGAUAAGGAAGGCGAGGAUGGAGAGAGAAGGAGAAAAACAAUGGUGUGUGGUCUUCUGGAGGAUCUGAAGGAGAAGAACCUCAUAAACGAAUAUAUACGUAAGCAUUUCCUCCUGUUACAAAAGGUUAUGAGGAAUGAUGUUACCUUGAAUUUUGAACAGGUAUGUUGUGUUUAGCAGUAGCUAAAGCCUAAUGUUUUUUUUUAAACUCCCUUUUUAAUAGAAGACAGGAAUCCUGUCACUUAUAUGUGAGUCAGAAUCUCUGAAACACUUUGUCUGCCAAUGUAGACGACUGACAUGUGAAACAAACUAGGACUAUUGAUAAUAGCCCACAGCAAAUUUUAGUGUUUUUGUAUAAAAUGUUACUUUAUUCAAUAAAAAAGUUCUUUCUUUUAUGGUAAAUAUACCAUUUUGCUGCCAAAAACAUAAGAAAGCAAAUGGAGGGUGUUAUCGUUUUUAGUUUUCAGACUUUGUACAUUUUCCUUUUCCAAUGAUUGUCACGAGAAUGUAAAUAAAGAAGAAUACUGUGUAUAAAAAGAUUGUUGAAAUUGAAUUGAAAGGAUCAUUUAUUUCUAAUUUAGGAAGCCCAUAGUUUCCCUAUGUACUCGUACCUGUUUCGGGGGCGGUGGUCCGGCAAGAUAUCAGGAGGUUGUUUCAUAGUUUUAAAAAAAAACUUUGUUUUAUUGUGGGAGAAUGUUUUAUUUCAUUUCCACAUUCUCACUAAAAGAAGGAAAAAAUCUUCAUUAUUUUAAAUCUGUUAAUUAUAAUUGGAAUGUUUUUCAUGCAUAAAAGUGAAUUCGGUGACAAAUAUAUUUUAUUAUAUUUCUUAAAAGAUUAGGUACUGUACAUUAAAUGUCACAUUGACCAGAUAACAAAACGGCCACUAAAACACUGAAUAUGUGUACUGAAUUAACCCCUGGCAUUUUGAUUGCUUGCUUUUAUUCUCCGUAUAUCAUUCCUAUAUAUGUGCAUUUUUUCAAUGGCGAAUCUUUGGAGGGGGGCAAAUGGUGGAAGAGACAUGCCUGAGAAGUUGCAAGUGACUUCAUGCGCCUCGAAAAGGCCAUAGGGAAUCUAAGUCUGAGGUUUGUUUUAUUUGUUUCAUCAUAUCAAUUUUCAUCUCAUAAUAAACAGAGUCAAACAAAGAUUCUAAUGUGAGUCUGUAAGGUUUUACUCGGUAGAUUGAGUUAUCAAAAAUAAUAAUAGUAAUAAAUAACUGAGACAGAGAGAGAGGUCCAAAAUCUAUCUUUUCAAUAAUUUUAUUCAUCUUAAAAAUAAAAUCACCAUUAUUAAACAUCCCAAACAGCCUCAGCCAACCAUUACCUGGCUUUCCAGUCCUGUGAUCAAACAGUCUCAUUCUUCGUUGCUAAAUCAGAUUCAAACUGUCUUCAGUGAAAAAGUUUUUUUUUUUUUCUUCUGAGAGGUUUCCCUCUUUUGUCUAAAAAUAUCCUGUGAAAUAUCAGUAUUUGAAGGUUGCUGAAAACUGAUACUGUGCAGUCAAAACAUAGCCAAUGCUUUAAAACCAUGUACAUCCUCAAUUAUUGUCAUAUAAACAAAAAAGUAGGCUAUUGCAGAAUCAAACACCACAUCCCAUCAGCUGUGUGAUAAUAGUUUGCCAUAACUGUGUAGAUGGUAUACUGGAUUUCAGGUGCAUUUUAGUAGCUUAUAGCUGAAAUUAGUAGUUUGAUCCUGUGUUUUAAUCCUAUCAUUCCCUGUCAGAGAGUCCCAGCUCAUAAUGCAAAGCCCUUUGGCCUGAUCAUCAUCCUGACAGCUUUGAAAGACUGUCUGUCAUUGGUUGGGUAAUAUUCUGAGGAUAUGUUAUGCCAUGUCCCCCAGAAAAUCCCAUCCCGGACUCCUUUGUAUUUUCCAACAUAGUAUCUCCCAUUCAGAUUUGCAGCCAUGCAGGCGUCAAACCACCAGCCGGAGCUGUAGUAGGCCCCACAGUUCCCUGAUGGAUACCGGUCGUGGUCUCUGUCCGGGGUAGUGAAAGCUCUGUUGUUGUGAUCAUAAGUCUUGCUGAAGCGAAGAGCAUCACCUGCAGUACCUGAGUAUCCCCCAACUGUCAGUCUGUAGCGCAACCGUUCACUGGCCACCCUGAAGAGCUUGUACUCUGCAAACUCCAUCACCCCGUCAAAGUCCUCCAGCUCCACCCGCAGCAUCAUGUCCCUGUCCCGUGUCAGAAGGUGGAUCAUGUUGUUGCCCAGCCAGAACUCUCCUCCUUCAAGCUUCCCAAAACCUGAUCGGUACUCUGCCCAGGUACGGUUGAAGCUCACACUGCCAUCCUGGCGGAGUUGCAGGAGGGUCCAUCCUCCACCCUCAAGCUCCAUGUCACAGAAGACCCGGAAGCUUCUGCUGCGGAGGUCGGGGGUCACCAGGUACACUCCACUUUUUGUCUCCCCUCUGAGCAGGUGGUCGGAGCAGUCUCUCACCAUGGUAACUGCAGGUAAAAUGGAGGGAAAAUAUUAAGAAUAACAUCCAUAUUUCCUUUAGAAAUGUGCCCACAUCUUCAAGAGUAAUUAAACUGAAGUCCUUAGGUGGCAGGUGACAUCAUCUUGCAGCUGUGUAAAACUGUGAAAUGAGGUCAGUAGUGCAACCUGCCAGUGAUAAACUACUUUUCCACAAUAAAAGAUUUAGUGUUUUGGCUCCCUUUAAUGGUGGACCUCCAGAGUGGUGAGAUGAAUUAAAACAGUUCAAGAAAGAAGUGUAUAUUUGAAUAUGUAAAAGAUAAGAAAAUUACUUCCUUUUUCACUAGCGCUUGUUUUGCUGAUUUUGUUUGUUAAAUCAAAAAUAAUGAAGUGAUGUCUUGUUUAAAUAAAAAAAGAUGAACAAAUGGGGCAAUCAUUAUGAUAUUUGAUUAAUGAACUUGACCAAUUUCAAAUUAAAAACUUUAACUAAAAAUCCCUCUGAGAAAGCAGCCCUCCACUGAAAGAUACAGUAAAGCUGUAGUCAAUACAUAGUUGUGGUCUCACCAGUAAUAACAACGACCAUACAGCCAUAUGUUUUGCACAAGUCCCUGAUCCUCCUCUGAUGUAUGGGACAAAGAUGUUAUUGGACCACACAAUUGCAGAAUAAUUUACAGUCUUUGAGGAUCAUCAGUGCUUACAGUGUGGUCUUUUAGCUCAAAUUCCUUUCAGCGCAUGUUUUUCGGAUGCUGUAAUAAUCACUCACAUACCGAUGCGCAACAAGUCUACAGUUUUCUGUGCCUAUUUAUUCUGAUGUAAUUUCAGCAUAAGACAAAACAUUUGUAUGAGCCUGGUUGUCAAUUCAAAAUAUGUUUGUUGUGACGGUAGAUACUCAAAAAAAAUCUCUGGUUGAAACAAAUUAAGAGCAACACCUGGUACACAUGCUACUUUCAUUACACGCACGCUCUGUCUGUAAAAUAUAACCCCUGUGUUAAGAUCUGAGCAUAAAGUAAAAAAUUAUCAGUUAUGUUAGAAGAAGUUUCUCUUGCCUGCUGGUGGUUUCAGUGUCGGCUGUUUGCUCUUUGUCCUGUCAGGCCUGCUGUUGUCCUCCUUUGGACGUCUGUCUGCUGGUAUUAGGCUGUUAUUGAGGAAAGCAGUCUGGUUGAUCUUCACACGUAACUCUCGUGCACUGGGGGUUGAAGACUCAGCAGCCGGGGGUUCAAGGCCAGAGGUGGUCGGGGUUGUUGACCUUAUGCCAGGGGUGACUGUUGAGGUAACUUGAACUGUGGGGGUAGGGGCUGGAACCAUGGUUUUGUCUGGAUCUGGAGUUGGUCUGACUGCUGUUUCCUGCACAUGGUGAGCAUUUUGGCUGGGGUCAGUUUUUGAAGCUCGAUUUGGGUUUGUGGAUCUUGGACUCGUGGUUGUGGCAACGCUUGGAGGGAUCCCACGCAGGAUUUUGUUUGGUCUUGUUGUCAUUUGGAUCCACAGUGGUGGACUGGUUGUUUUUGGCCUUAGAUCAGACAUGAUCCUGCUGUUAGGACUCCUCGUGAAUCCCUCAGGGUGGAUCUGAAAAUGAGGGAGGGGUCCAGUGUUGAGGCUGUUGGAGGUCGUUGGACCUAUAGUGAUAGUUUUCAUGUUGUUUUGGUUCUUGGGUUUGAUAUCAGUGUUCCCUGGGGGAUGACUCACUUCAUGGUCUGAUGCAGGGGGGAGGUCAGUUUGAGAGUUUUGGAUGCCUUCUAUUAAAGUCCCACUGAUUUGAGGAAGAUCUGAAUCUGUUGCAGUCUCUGGAUUUGGCUCCGGUUGCAUUGCUGCCUUUGGUCUUUUAGCAGGCGUGUCUCCUGGCUUGAUUAUGGGUCUGGUUGGUGCCUUAUGUCUUGGCAGGGGCCUUUGUGGUAAUGUUUUGUUUCUUUCAGGUAAAGCUUUGGGGUCAAGGUUGGGGAUUUGUCCGCGCUGAGUUGUUUUAGGUCCAUUAUUGGUUCGUGUUUGAUCAGGUUUCGGCCUCGGAUUUGGUUUUGUCUUUGGGCCUGUUCCAAGUUUUGGAUGUUUUUGGUUUGGUUUGGAUACUUGACCUGGUUUAGGGUUCAGAUUGUUUUUAGGGAUUUUCUGUCCAGGCUUUGGCCUCUCUUCUGUCAAAGGCUUUUGGUUAGGAUUUGGUGUGUGGUAUGUUGUUUCUCCUUGUUUAGGUUCAAAUUCAGGUUCUUGAACGGAUGAGAAAGACUGUUUUGGUGUAUAUCUUUGGUCUGGUUCUGGUUUGUCUUCACUUUCUGGCUUUUUUGGUGGUUUUUGAUUUUGAUCAGGUUUGUCAAUUAAAAAUGGAUGGAGCAGGUUCUUGUCAGGUUGAACUUCCGGUUCAGGUUCAGAUUCAGGUUCUUGAACAGGUGAGAAAGACUGUUUUGGUGUAUAUAUUUGGUCUGGUUCUGGUUUGUCUUCAUUUUGUGGCUUUUUUGGUGGUUUUUGAUUUUGAUUAGGUUUGUCAACUAAAAAUGGAUGGAGCAGGUUCUUGUCAGGUUGAACUUCAACAUUUGGGUGAUCACGGUCAGUCAAAGGGUUUUUGGGAGAACCUGUCGUAUUUUCAGUUUUAGGUCUUUGAUUUGGCGUGGGUCUGCGGACUGGUAGAAAAAAUCUUGGAUGAGUUGUUGGCUUUGGAGGAGGAUUUUGGUUUCCAUCAGUUGUAUAUCCAUGGUCAAGCUUUGGUAUUUGAUCAGUGGAUAAGUUAUCAGGUGAAUGUGUUUGGUCAGAUUUUUUACCUUGAACCCAUACAGAGUCUUUACUGGUUUUGGAUUUCUGGUCAGUCGUUGGUUUUUGAUGAGUAGGCUUCUUCUUCUGGUCAUACUUUGUUGAUUUGUCUGGCAAAGGGGCUCGGUCAGGUUUACCACUUGUCUUUGGAUUUUUAAGCUUUUGGUCUGCCUCAGGUUUAGGCUUUUCACCGCGUUUUGGUGCCUGGCCUGGUGAAGGUUUAACACCAGUCUUUGAGUUGGAGCUGAUGUUCCUUUUAGCUGCCCAACGGCUUUGGUCCAGGACUCCUGGUAAUGUAGUUGUGUGUAAAUUCUGAUGAGGAGUUGUGGUGGAUGAAGUUUUUGUGCUGGUUGCAGUGGACAUGGUGGUGGGUAUCCGCUGUUUAAGGCCACCAAGUGGGCCUAAAGUAGCUGAUGUUGUUGUGCUCCUGAAGCCCGCCUCCGCACCAGGACUUGGCGAUUCAGAAAUAUCACCUGCUCUCAAGCCUGUACUUUGGGUUGGAAAGUACAGGGUCUUUUGGUCAUAUUUUGUUGAUUUGUCUGGCAAGGGGGCUCGGUCAGGUUUACCACCUGUCUUUGGAUUUUUAAGCUUUUGGUCAGCCUCAGGUUUACGCUUUUCACCGCGUUUUGGUGCCUGGCCUGGUGAAGGUUUAACACCAGUCUUUGGGUUGGAGCUGAUGUUCCUUUUAGCUGCCCAAUGGCUUUGGUCUGGGAUUCCUGGUAAUGUAGUUGUGUGUAAAUUCUGAUGAGGAGUUGUGGUGGAUGAAGUUUUUGUGCUGGUUGCAGUGGACAUGGUGGUGGGUAUCCGCUGUUUAAGGCCACCAAGUGGGCCUAAAGUAGCUGAUGUUGUUGUGCUCCUGAAGCCCGCCUCCGCACCAGGACUUGGCUGUUCAGAAAUAUCACCUGUUCUCAAGCCUGUACUUUGGGUUGGAAGUCCAUCAGGAGUUAUUUUCUUGCCCUGAUCGACAUCUGCGAUCAGAUGUGGAGUGGAGCUUGACAGAGGAGGCGAUGGAAGAGAUGACGUAAUGGUUAUAGCUUCGUUCAAGUCCAUGGAGUCGUGCCUCGGAGCUGCACUAAUGAUCGAGUCAGUCGGGCUGAUGGAAACAAAGUCUGUCCACUCAGUUGACUUACUUGACUCUAAUUCUCCAUCACCGUCUCUCUGUAAACUUUGGACUGUUUUUUCUCCUCCUGUUUUGAUCUCCUUCCCUGUUUCCCCGUCCUCCUCCACUGCCCCCUCUUUUAUAGUCCUCUCUUUUUCUGCACGCUCGAUGCUUUCAGUCUGUUUUGGUUUCUCAUUAUUUCGCUCCACUUUUAUUCCCUUUUCCAUUUCCUUUCUCCUCUCCUCCCUCUCCCGCUCUCGCUCCUUAUUUGUAUGCUCAUUGCGGCCCUCAGACAUCUUCAUUUCAUCACGGUCCCUGUCCUCUUCAGGUUGAGUCCUUUUCCCUGUUUCCUUUGUCUCAUCUCCCCACACGUAAUGGUCCCUGUCUUCUAUUUUCUCCCUGUCUUUUUUAUUACUUGUUAUUGUUCCCUCUGUAUCUUUCUCCAAGAUACCGUCUCCAUUAGCUUUUGAAUUCCCCUUCCCAUCUUUCUCUUUGCCAAUGUCUGACUCUGUCUCUCUGUUAUAUUUGUCAACAACUUUCUUCCUGUCCGUAUCCACUAUUCUCUUAUUUUGAUUUGUUGUUGGCACUUUUGGAGCCUGUCCUAAUUUGUCCUUUUCUUUUGCCCCCUCCGUUUGCAUUUUUCCAUCUUUUUCUCCUACGUCUUUCUCAUUAUCUUUUACGACCAUUUUAUCACUCCCUCUUUCUGCGUCCCAUUUCUCUCUCUCUUUCUCCUCCAACUUUUCUCUUUUCUCAGAAUCAAUGUCACCAUCUCUCUCUGAAGUCUUUUCUGCUUUAACCCUGUCUGUCCCACACUCCUGACUGUCAUUUUUCAGCCUCUCUGUGUCUCUCUCAUUCAGCCAGCCCCUCUCAUCCUUAAAUUGAUCUUUCCUUUCAUUCACAUCAUCAUGGUCUCUUUCUCUCUGCUUCCCACACUCUCUCUCAGUUUGGCUUACUGUACAGUCUGUGCACAUCUUCCUCAGUUGAUCCACAUUGUCUUUCAGUUGUUGCAGAUCCUCUACAAUUUUCUCCAGCUCUCUGAGCUCCUUUGGCAAGUGGAAAGUCAGCGGCGGCAGACUGAAUAGGUAUGGGCAUGUGCUCCCAUCCUGCCCCUGUCUGCAUGACCCCUCAGGUCUCAGGGUUGCAGCACAGGGCCCAAAUCCAUGAUCCCCCAAGAAGUCUUCUUCUUCAGAGUCUGCCGUUGUCCAGAAGAGGCUGAAGAAGGCCAGCAGGGUCCCACAUACACGCAGUGCUGUUAACCUCAUCACGUCCUGGCAGUAAAUGAGUAAAAGAGAGGCGCGGGAGAGUGUUAAAAAGACCCACCUCAGUUUGAGGAGCGCAGUGACAGUGAGAGGAGGAGAGGAGGUGGGAGGGAGAAGAGGAGGGAGCAGGACUGAUGGAGCUGUUUGGUGGAAAGAGAGUCUGUGAAAGAAAUGAGGAGCAUGCUUUGAGAGCGAAACAGGUGUGAUAAAAAAACAGAAAGGGUGGGAGGCGGAGUGUGUGGAUGAGUUUGUUGGUCGAAUAGGGGAUGGAUACAGAUAAGAAAGAGGCGUGAGGAAAUGUCUUAAUAUUUCUUCUUUGGAGCACGUUGAAUUACUCGUGAUUGUUGCUUAUCUGUCAUUAGACGGCAUAAACGAUGUGAGGGCUUUGUGUCUUUUCUGUGAUCCUCCUAUUACAUUCCAGAGUAUCAUCAGUGUAAUCACAGCACUUGAUGAAGACCAUUUGGGAUGCAUCAUCUCUCAAUACUGCAGCAUCACGCCCGUGAAUUCACAUGUGUGUCACAGUCGCUUUGGCAGGAACUCCCCGUGUUUCCUUUGUGGGGUCAGCGAGCAUGUGAGUGACAGAUAAGACAGAUCGAAAUCUGAGGCAAAAUAUCAGCUGCUGUGUCGGGGCCAAGAGUCUUUUAGGCAGAUUUUCGAGGACAUACUGUAUUUCAUUUUGCUGUAAGCUGUUCGGUUUACUACAGCCUCGAAGUAAUGAAAGUCAGGAAUGUCCGAUUUGUCCAAGGCUGCUUCAUUCAAAUGCAAUGUCGGGGGAGAGGCAUUUCUCAUGUGUUUUUGAAUUUAAUGCAGACAGUACUAAUCCUUAACAAGUGCUGGGAGUGGUGAGGCGAUCUUACUGCAUGCACACGCUCCGCUCAUCCAGGUUUUUGUUUUGGGCUCACUCACUGUGCCUGCAUAUAGUUAGAAAAAAGGAGGAAACACAAUCACAUGAGCUAAAUGAGGCAUCUGCUUGGCAGGGAGUUUAGAUAAUGAGGCUUCAGUUUCUCAGACUGGGGGUGUAAAUGUCAGUCCCACCACAGGAUAUGAAAUAUGAGUGAUAGCACACAAUGCCAGCCUGUUCAGAUAUUUGUCUGCUUUAAACCCUUGUUAGACAACUUGAGUUGUCUUGUUUUUAGACCGCAAAGAAACACGACCCUGGUGCUUUUUUGGUUCUCCGUAUUGGCCUGAUACUACUUUCGCACAAAGUCGAAGAGAUUUCUCAGCUGGGCUUUUAUUAUGACAAAGGAAACCAUUUGUUUGGCGUGAUGACUGUGGGAAACAUUAGGUGAGCAAAGAAAAAAGAGUUAAGGUAGAGGAAAACAGCUCUCAGUCACAGCACUGGCCUGCAAGUUUAUUGUGAAGUCUGUAAAAACAAUACGUCACAUGGAGCAGAACAUCUUUACAGGCUUCUGUUUGCGCAAAUGUGCUGCCUCUGUGGCUGAGAAAUAAUUCAAACAGACAGUAUAAAGGUUUUUCUGCCCCUUCAUGUAAAGAUGGUGAAUCUGUAUUAUCUAUCUCUAUCACGCCUUGGAUGACUCUAGUAAGCAGGGUUGACCCCUUCUUCUCUCUCUGUACUAACGCAGCGAUGAGCUCAUUUGACAUUUGGCAGCUGCUGGCAGGAUAAAAAGCAGGAACAAGUAUCCUUUCCCCUUUCACAAUCCACUCAGCACUUCAUCAGCCUACAAAUAGUAUUAGAGAAAUGUUUACACUCUCAAGAGUCUCCUGUCUGCACACCAGGCUGUAAUGAUUUAUUAUCAGAGCCAAAUCUUUGCAGCACAACCGAAAAGGUCACUUCUUCGCCACAACAAACUAACCAGUUACAUUUAAUAGAAGUUGACUUGGUUGAUUUGUUUGCUGCCACCCAGUCUAAAUGACUAAAUAUGUUCUGGAUGGCAGCAGGGCACCACGAGCGGCUCUAUUGUUCUCAACAAUACCUCCAACUCCUGACUUUACCCAUUUAUGGACAGCAGGUUUUUUUUCUCCUCAGGGUGCCCUCUCGGGAUUCAGUGUUUUGAAUUCCCCCGGUGAGCUGGCUAAGCCUACUCUCUGUCCCAGAUCAUGUAAACACAGUGCUUUUUUCCAUACAGACCAGUACAAACAUCUAACCAGCAGUCCAGUUCUGCUGCCUGGGCUUCCUGGCAGAGCACUUCAUCUCCAUCUGCUUUGGGCAGAGGAGCCAAUGUCGUCGGUCAUGUCUGUUAUUUGCAUAAGUGUCCCAUUUCCAACGGGACUGGAGUGAACCCAAAGACUUUCCUGCUCCAGCACCAACCAGCCUGUUAUAACACCACAGUCAGUCCGUCUGAAGUUACAAUCUAAACACUAUAUUCCUACUGUGUGCAUACUGAGAGCAAUAAACAUAAAUAAACUUAGUGGAGGACACAGUUAGAGGAUACAACACCUGCCUCAUUCUCAUUGUGCAAUAUGUAUUUAUUCAAGGAUCAUCCUUUGUCCCCUUUUCACUACCCCACACACACAAAUGUACAUUAUGCACACAUUGUCAGUCCCAGCAAUAGUUUAAAUCUUCUGUCACUGAUACAUUCCUUUGCCAUGAGAAUGAUUUUUAUCAGCCUAUUGAUUGACGGUGAUUUAUAAAAAUGAAGCAACCAAGUGUGUCUAACAUCUGGGCUGGAUUUCCUCAGCCAGCCAACACAGAUAUUGUCAGGUCAAUUUCUGUUAAAUCCAAAACCUGGACUUUAUUAAGACUUUGUUUGAAAUUGAAAUCUUAAAAUCAUUUUCACUAUGAAAAAUAUGCAACACAGACACAGAGUGGAAAUAGUUAUCUGCUGCUGUGUUUGAGUGUUUUCUGUUUUUUUAGGUCCUAUGGCAAAUACUCUUCAGAGACACUUGCUGUAAAAGAAUUCAAGAUUAGGUUUCUUUUUUUAUAUUAUACCCUGAUGUUUUUACUGAUUGGAUUUGGGCUGCAGUCUGCGUCUGUCCCAGCUGCGCUAAAUCAAAAACAUGUGGAUGGACUGGAUGUAAAUGCACAGUGGGGUGUGACCAGGUUUAUAGUGAAAACUCAUAUUUUGUUGACCUACUUAUUUUCACUGUGCAGGUUUUGUGCCAGUUAGGACGUUUGAGGGCAUUUCAUGUGAAUGAAAACAUUAUUUCAACUUACUGGAGAACAUGAGUGAAAGGAAAUAUUCAGAAUUUUACCUGAGUAAUAGUUACAUUCAUGUUUCAAAAGGUUUACCAUUAAGAAUAUUGCUAGUAUUUCUUAUCCAAUUUAAACAAUAGUCAAAGCUUGUUAUAUUUUCUCUGUUAAUUUGCAAUUUCACCAUAUUGUGAAUUCUAUUCUACCUACAACGAAGUACAAAGUGAAACAAAAUUGACAUUCUAUACCUUAAAAUUGUAUGAACUCUAGAGUACUUUUCAGUUACUUUGUACAGCAUUUCUGCUCUGUGUUUUCCAUGACAAACUCUGCUGCUGUUAAAGAAUUAGCUGGUUUUGUAUUUCACAAUAUAUAGGUCUCUUGCGCUGCAACGCAACUACUGUUUACUUUAUUGCUUACACAUACUGUUCCCACCAAUACAUUAUUGCCAACUGCCCCCACCACCUGCACUUUAAGUUAUAUGUUAACAUAUAAAGCAUUUUUCUGGUAGUAAGGUAUGCAUGUGCAUGCUACUGUGUAUAUACUUAGACACGCAAGACAUAUACAUAUAUAUAAAUAUAUAUUUAUCACUUUUCUUCUGUUGAAUUAGACUUGUUUCUUUUGUAUUAUUAUAUAUUCUUUGUACUUUUUUGUACCGUGGAAUUGAGAUAAAUGUCAAACACACAUGGCAGAAACUAACAAUAAAAAAGCUAGACUUGUUAACGUGCUAUAAGAUUAUUCUCCCCGUCUCUGCUCCUGGUGUUAUGGUAACCUAAAAUAACUUUCACUUUAUUACCCUGCAAACUGUUUUCCUCCAAGAAAUUGUUAAAUCGCCAGACCCGAGUCCAACCCAAAGAGCAAUUUGGAUCAUAAGAAGUAAACAAUUAUCAUUUGAAAGUAAGCUGAUGUCAGUGCUGAAGAACAAUGUGUAUCCACCCCAUCACUCUGGCAGAUUAAGAGCUCUUCUGCGGCUGCAAAUGUGGAGAAAAAUAACAAGUAAAUGGGUGCGGACUGAGGGAGAGAGGACUACUUGACAGAACAAAUGAGAGAAUUGUAACUUUCAACAUCUUCUCUGGGUUUGUUUCAAUUUUCUAUCAUAACAAACUGAGUACUUUUAUACAAAAUGAGCGUGUGCAUGAAGGCUGCAAUCUAUUCAGAGUCCAGUUAUGUAAUAGUGACAUUUAUUGAAUAAUGCUUUGGAAAAUCUUGGAUGCAAUAAAAUACAGGGACUAACCAGAUCUUAUUGUGAAACAUUUGAGAGGUCAGUGAGAGAGAUGUUUGUCACAGGAUCAUUCACUGCAUUAGAUAACCACUACUAUACCGCCACCUUGUGACAGAGUAAGAACACUUCUAGUACACAAAUUCAUUACAUAUCCUGAUUGCUUAACCCUACUAUGAGGACUGUGACGUGCACCGAUCAGCCGUGACAUUAUGACCCUCGAGUGGAGUGAAUAAGACUGAUUAUACUGUGACAGUGGCCCCUGAAGGUAGAUAUAGGGUAUGUUAGGCAACAAGUGAACAUUUUGUCCCCAAAGUUAAUGUAUUGGCAGAAGGGAAA